CCCUUUCAGGUAUGUGCUGAAGACACCACCAGAUACUUCCUUCUGGAAAAUAAUACUUUCUCUUCAGAGCACCCUGAUUCUUUUCACACACUGGAGGCUCUGGACGCCGGCGGUAACAAUUUCCUUUGCUCCUGUGAAUUCCUGUCGUUCACGCAGGAGCACCGAGCGCUGGUCCAGAUCCUGAUCGACUGGCCGGAGAACUACCUGUGUGACUCUCCGUUCUCUGUGCGCGGUCAGCAGGUUCGGGACACGCGUCUCCCGGCCUCUGAAUGCCACCGGGCCGCUCUGGUGUCUGCCGUGGUCUCUGUCCUGCUCCUGCUGCUUCUGCUCACGGGGGUCCUGUGCCACCGCUGCCACGGGCUGUGGUACCUGAAGAUGAUGUGGGCCUGGCUCCAGGCCAAAAGGAAGCCCAGGAAAGCGCCCCCCAGGGACCUGUGCUACGACGCCUUUGUGUCUUACAGUGAGCGCGAUGCCUACUGGGUAGAGAACGUGAUGGUCCAGGAGCUGGAGCACUUCGACCCUCCCUUCAGGCUGUGUCUUCAUAAGCGGGACUUCAUCCCCGGCAAAUGGAUCAUCGACAAUAUCAUCGACUCCAUCGAGAAGAGCCACAAGACCAUCUUCGUGCUGUCUGAAAACUUCGUGAAGAGCGAGUGGUGCAAGUAUGAGCUGGACUUCUCCCACUUUCGCCUCUUUGAUGAGAACAACGAUGCUGCCAUUCUCAUUCUUCUGGAGCCCGUUGGGAAAAAGGCCAUUCCCCCAACGGGAAGUGUUUGAGUUGGAGAAUAAUUCUAGUUUUUAAAAUGCAAAUAUUCAAACAGUGAAAUAUUCUCAGUUUUCAAAACUUCGUUCUAGGUUGAGUUAGAAUUUUACUCUUAUUUCGCACAGGCCGUAUUAAGAACAUUCUUCAAAAAUUGCAGAUGUUAGUGAAAUCUUUUCAGAAUAGAAAAAUUUUGAGGAAUGGGCAUUUGUGUUUGCAAAGGUGUAUAAAAGAGUGCAGGGAGGGGCGCCUGGGUGGCUCAGUCGUUAAACAUCUGCCUUCUGCUCAGGUCAUGGUCCCAGGGUCCUGGGAUCGAGCCCCGCAUCCGGCUCCCUGCUCCGUGGGAAGCCUGGUUC